AGGUCUUUCUGAAGGAUGUUUCGUGUUACUUCUCUCUGUUGGAGGAUGGCCAGCCCAGAGACAAGCUGGAGUUUGCUUUCAAACUGUAUGACAGAGAUGGCAAUGGAGUCCUUGACAGCUCUGAGGUGGACCGGAUCAUUGCUCAGAUGAUGCACGCUGCAGAUUACCUGGACUGGGAUGUGUCUGAGCUGAGACCAGUGCUGAAAGACAUGAUGACAGCCAUCGACGCAGACAGCAGUAACACGGUCUCUCUGGAUGAGUGGGUGGAAGGCGGAAUGAACAACGUCCCUCUGCUGGUAUUACUUGGGCUGAAGAUGACUCAGAAGGAUGGGCAGCACCUAUGGAGGAUGAAAAAUUACAACAAGCCUGUCUACUGCAACGUGUGUCAGAGCAUGCUGCUAGGACUGAGGAAACAGGGGCUUUGCUGCACCUGUUGUAAAUACACGGUCCAUGGACGCUGUGCCAACAGAAACCCAGCUCCCUGUACCAGGACCUAUGUCAAGUCUAAGAAAGACACGGGAGUUCCAACCCAUGACUGGGUCAGUGGGAACUGUGACUCUGGGAAGUGUGACAAGUGUCAGAAGAAGAUCAAGAGUUAUCACGGGCUGACGGGCAAACACUGUGUCUGGUGCCACUCCAUGCGCCAUGAUGACUGUGCCUCCCAGGAGCCCUCCGACUGUAACUGUGGAACUCUCAGAGACCAUAUCCUCCCCCCUUGGGCCAUCUACCCUGUUAUGAAGGAGAAGCCAAACAGCAUGAAGAACGGCUCCUCGAGCUCAGCCGGCGACAGUGACCACAACACCACUCCUGACGGAAAGGUGCUUCAGAUUGAUCCGGUCCCAGACACUCAUCCUCUUUUAGUGUUUGUGAACCCUAAAAGUGGAGGCAAGCAGGGAGAAAGAGUUCUGCGUAAAUUUCAGUAUUUGCUGAAUCCACGGCAGGUGUAUAACCUAUCCAAUGGUGGACCUGGACCAGGGCUGUGCUUCUUCAGGAAUCUGAAGGAUUACAGGAUCUUGGUUUGCGGAGGGGACGGAACUGUGGGCUGGAUACUUGAUGCCAUAGAAAAAGCCCAUCUUCAAGUGCGGCCACCUGUGGCUGUGUUACCCCUGGGCACAGGAAAUGACCUUGCACGUUGUCUUAGAUGGGGAGGAGGUUAUGAUGGGACGGAUCUGUGUCGGAUCCUGAAGGAGAUUGAGGGCAGCACCCCGGUGCUGAUGGACCGCUGGAAUGUAGAGGUGAUCCUAGAGGACCCCCAGGAGGUGGGUGACCCUGUCCCUUAUGAGAUCAUCAACAACUACUUCUCCAUCGGAGUGGAUGCCUCUAUUGCCCACCGGUUUCAUACACUGAGAGAGAAACACCCCCAGAAAUUUAAUAGCAGAAUGAAGAACAAGUUGUGGUAUUUUGAGUUUGCCACCUCUGAGACCAUCUCUGCUUCAUGCAAGAAACUGAAUGAAUGUCUUACAAUUGAGUGCUGCGGCACCCCAUUGGACCUGAGUGGCCUUUCUAUGGAGGGGAUCGCAGUCCUCAACAUUCCCAGCAUGCACGGUGGAUCCAACCUGUGGGGAGAAGCCAAGAAGAGUGAAUCCAAGUGCUUGAUGAAUCCUCAGGAAAUGCCUGAGGUUAUUGUCGACCCUGAAAUCCUGAAAGUCAGUGGACAAGACCUCAGUGACCGGCGUUUGGAAGUGGUUGGUCUAGAAGGGGCCAUGGAGAUGGGGCAGAUAUAUACUGGACUUAAGAGUGCUAUAAGACUAGCAAAAACCUCACAGAUUACAAUCAGGACUAAGAAACCUUUACCGAUGCAGAUAGACGGAGAGCCCUGGAUGCAGCCACCCUGUACGAUUCACAUCACACACAAGAACCAGGCCAAUAUGCUGAUGGGUCCCCAGAGCCGGUCCAGCUUCUUCAGCUCAAAGUAGUAGCCUGCUCCCUGGCUACACACGCAGUAACAUGGCCUAUAUGCACUUGCUUAUUAUUUUACAUUUGUGAAAUGACUGAAGCAGCUUGGUUUGUGAAACCAGUUGGUAUAUGCAUAUUUUAGAGAAAUAGGUUGACCAACAUUUUAAGAAAGUUCAACACAUUAUUUUGUUUGUUCUGCCUCAAUACAAGACGGUAUUAUGAAAACAUUGCCAACUACAGCUGUAUGAUAGCCUGAUAUAUGACUCUGGACAACAAGUUAAGAGCUUUUAGUGGGUUUUAUGUCCCUUUGCCAUCAUUUUUGCCAAAUUCACCUUAUGCGUUAUCAAGGGGACAAAGACUGCUGGGUUGCACAGUCUAAGAUAUUGGUAUCCGCUUGAAAAGUUUGAGUUAAAUGUUUAUUCAACAAGAUUAUUUUAACUGCAUUUUCCUUAUUGUUAUUACAUUUUUGUAGGAUAAUUUAAAUGUAUACAGUACCAGUCAAAGUUUUGGACACCUACUCAUUCAAGGGUUUUUCUUUAUUUUUA